AUGACUUCACAAAGUUUGGAUCUUUAUUCUUUUACAAGCACUAGUACUAGUAAUACUAAUACUAGUUUUUUAGAAAAUACUUCUAAUAUACUUAGUGAAAAUAAACAAGAAUUUAGUAAAACAAAUGAAUUAAGUCAAUCUCUUAAUAAAAAAUGCAAACAUACUAGUA